CGCUGUGGAAAAUUGCACUCGCAGAGAUCAGAAUAUUUCUUCUAUUCUUUCUCUCUGAGCUUAUCUUUCGUUUUAGUUGAAGAUGUAAUAAAAUACCUAGAUCCUCAGUACAUUGACAGAAUGGCCCUUCCGGAUGCUAUGAAGCUGCAGUUCAUCUUGGCAGAGGAGCAGUUUGUUCCUUCCCAGGCAGCCCUCCUGGAGCAGGUGAAGACCCUCCAGCCUGUCUUGGACAGCCCCUGUAUCCAAGCUGUUCCUGACCCCGCAGCCAAGCUGCAGCGGCUCUCUCAAAUCCACAUACAGCAGCAGGAGCAGUGUGAAGCUCUCACAGAUGCUGUCAAGAUGCUCCUUGAAGACUACAACAAAAUGACCCUGCUUCUCUCCAAGCAGUUUGUCCAGUGGGACGAAAUGCUGACGCAGAUAGAAGCAGCCAAGAAAGCGAAACCCGUGGCAGAGUGACGGCAGUGCUGGGAGCGAGGGGAGCCGCCGCCGGGGCCCUGGCU